UUUUUUUUUUAAAUUUUUUGUCUGAGAAUGUCCGACCACGACGACGAGGCUGCAUCCGGCUCAGACAGCGAGCUGCAGUCGCCGUUGGAGGAGGUCCGCGCCAAGCACCGCAAGGAGAUCAAAGCCAUGCAAUCGCAGGUGCAGGCAUUGAAAAAGUCUGUUCCGAAGGGCGACAACAAGCGCAAGAAGGACGUCCAGAAGCAGAUUGAAGAGCUCGAAGCCGAGACCGCGCAGCGCCACGCGACCGAGCUCAAGGCCGCCGAGGCCGAGGAGGCAAAGGCUGCUGCUGCUGCUGCUGCUGCUACUGCGAACAAGCCCAACGGAGCAGGAUCUGGAGGAUCGGAACUGGCGGCGGCGACGUCGGAGGAGGCCGAGGCGCACGACGCUGCAGAUGACAGCAGCAGCAACAAGACAAGCAAGCCGACACGCGCGCAGAAGCGCAGGGACAACAAGGCCACUGCGCACAGCGAGCGCAUGCAGCGGGCGGAGGCAGAGUACCAGGCCACUGCCGCGCGUGGUCCCAGCGCACGCGACGUCGAGGCCAACCAGCUCAAGCAGGCCCUGCAGAAGGCGGACCUGGCCAUCAAGACCAUCACAUCGGACGGACAUUGCCUGUACAAUGCUGUGGCAGAUCAGCUCCGUCGGAACGCGGUUGCACGAGCGCCGACUGACUUUGCUGCGCUGCGCAAGCUGACCGCCAGCUUUAUUCUCGCGCACCAGGACGACUUCCUGCCAUUCCUCGUCACCGACUCAGGCGACAUGUAUACCGAGACAGAGCUGAAAAAGUACUGCAACGAGAUUGCGUCUACCGCCGCAUGGGGAGGCCAAAUCGAGGCGCAGGCCUUGUCUGCCGGGCUCCAAGUGCCCAUUCACAUUUAUCAAGCGGGCUCCCCGGUCGUCACUCUGGGUGCCGACUUUCCGGGCGAGCCACUGAGGUUGUCCUACCACCGACAUCUGUAUGGGCUCGGCGAGCACUACAACUCGCUCGUCCCAAGUUCCAGCCCCGACGCCGAUGCCUCCUCGAGCUAAAACGUCGUGUUUGAAAAGCUUUUACUCACAGCAAGUGUUUUGUAUGUUGUACAAGUAUAUUAUGUUGACAGGA